CCAGCAUCUGACCCGGAAGUCCGGACGGAGAACGGUGAAGUUGUCCCGCCGCGCUGCCUGCUGGGUAAUAUGGUAACGACCGCGCUGCUGAUUGGAGCUCCGCGGCGUGAAGACGCAGAGAGAACAGAGAGAACACAGAGAGGAGAGCAGAGAGCAGAGAGCAGAGAGCAGAGCAGACGGGAGCCGCCGAGACAUGUCUGUCUCUCUGUCUGCAGAGAGAGACAGGAUCCAGCGACAGGUGGAGCAGCUGGAACAGAGUCUGUCUGCAACACACAGUGAACUGGAGCUGCUGAGUAGUGAGACAGAUGAUGAAUCAGAUGGUGACGACAUAGAGGAGGAGAGACAGUGUGCUGCAGGUCUGUUGGCUCAGAGACAGAAGAUCCAGAAUGAAAUCCAGAACCUGGAGGAAGUUCUGGGGCAACAGAGUCCCGUCUGUGUGUCAGAUGAUGACAACUGCAGCAGCAGCAGUGAGGAGAGUGAGCUGGGCCUGUCUCCGUCAGCAGACUCAUGUCUUCAGAUGAACCUCGUCUACCAGCAGGUGGUUCAAGAGACCCUGGACCAGCUGGAGACACUACUGACACACAACGAGAGACAGCAGAAGGAGCUGGUGUCUCAGCUGUCUGGACCAAUCAAAGAGCCCUCCAGGGAACGGCCCGCCCACCCCUCAUGCCAGCAGCCAAUCAACAUGUACCUGGGCCGCUUCCUCAAACCGUACUUCAAGGACAAACUGACAGGACUGGGUCCUCCAGCCAAUCAGGAGACAAAGGAGAAGGCCAGCAGGAUGACUGGUUGUCUGGACGACAAGAAACUGAAAGUAAAACGAUGGGAGAGCUGGCAGAAGACUUUGUUGAUCCACUCAGUGACCAGAGACAGUCUGAGGAGACUCAUCCAACCUAAACUCUCCAAGGUGGACUACCUGAGUCAGAAGAUGUCCGCAGCAGCAGAGACAGACAGGCAGCAGCUCAGACAGCAGAUAGACGGUCUGGAGAGAGACAUCGAGCUAUUCAGAACGAUGAAGGAGAAUGAGCUGGUUGGUGAUCGAUACGAUGAACAUGAUUGGCAGAAAAUCUCUAAUAUUGAUUUUGAAGGGACGAGGGAGGCGGAGGACAUCUGUGGCUUCUGGCAGAACUUCCUCCACCCGUCCAUCAGUAAGUCAAAGUGGAGUAAAGAGGAGGUGCAGCAGCUGAAGGAGAUCAGCAGGAGACAUGGAGAGAGACAGUGGGAGAACAUCGCUAUGGAGCUGGGGACGGGGAGGACAGCCUUCCUGUGUCUCCAGACGUUCCAGCGUUUUGUCUCGGACUCGUUGAAGCGUGGCGGUUGGACUCCGGAUGAAGACGCUCUGCUUAGAGAGCUGGUGGACAAGAUGAGGAUCGGAAACUUCAUCCCCUACACGCAGAUGAGUUACUUCAUGGAGGGUCGAGACCCGGCUCAGCUGAUCUACAGGUGGAACCAGGUUUUGGACCCGAGUCUGAAGAAAGGGUAUUGGACCAAAGAGGAGGACCAGCUGCUGCUGCAUGCUGUGUCUCGUUUUGGAGAGAAGGACUGGUGGAAGAUCCGGUUUGAGGUUCCGGGACGCACCGACUCGAGCUGCAGAGACAGGUAUUACGACUGUCUGAAGGCGGAGACAAAGAGAGGACCGUUUGACCAGCAGGAGAAACAGAUGCUGCUGCAGCUGGUGCAGAAACAUGGAGUCGGUCGUUGGGCGAAGAUCGCCGCAGAGAUUCCUUAUCGUUACGACGCUCAGUGUCUGAGAGAGUGGAGGAAACUGAGCAAACCAUUAUACGCUCCUCCUCCAAAGAAAGAUAGAAAGACUAGAAAGAGUUCUGGAGAACCUAAGAAGAAGACGAAGAAGAAAAAGGUCGGUCCGGUGAAGAAGAGGAUCAGGAGACGACUGAUGACCCUGAAGGAGGAGGAGGAGGAGAGCAGCGAGGACGAGGAGAUGGUGGUGGAGUACAUGGACAGUGAUGAAGACGAGAAGACGAAGACAAAGGAGGAGGUGGUGGAGGUGGAGAGAGGAGUACAUCCUCCCCCCAUGCAGGAGUGGAUUCCAGCAGAAAAAGCACAAUCGUUCACCUUCCUGAGCUUUCGACCGGUGGAGUUGCCUUCCUCUGGAGUCGCCCAGGAUCAGGUCCCGGUCCGGUCCACCGUCCUGGGCCAGUUCGGACGCUCCGUGAUCCUCGGACCAGGUCCCAGAGAGCUGCGGUGGACGGAGCGCCCCGGCAGCGGCACCAUGAUGAUGGUGUCACCUGACCAGCUCCGAGCACACCUGCACCGCCAGGCGGACAAGUCCAGCACCCGGAUCUCCGGCCCCCCGAGGAAGAUCCAGACUGACAAACAGAACCCCCUGGGCCGGGUACAGGAACCGGGGCUGUUCUACGAGCUGCAGGCCGCCGUGACGCCGUGGAUCGGCAACGUGCUGAUCCCUACAAAGCACCGGCCGAUGGCAGCCGACGCCCUGAGGGAGCGAGGAGAAACCCCCCCACUCCUCUCCACCCCCGUCUUCCUGCUCCUCCUCCAGACCAUGAACGUGGACGCCAUCGGCUGUAAGGAGAUGAUAGAGCAGAGGAAGAACCGGGUGGUGGUACUUGCACCUCCUGCUCCGAGCCCCCCCGCCCGGCCAAACACCGUUGCAGGAAUCCUGCAGCAGAGGAGAGCCAUGAAGGAGGAGCAGCAGGAGUUCAACCAGCAGCACAAACUGAUCCUGAAGCAGCUUCAGGUGCUGCAACAACAACAGAAACAGCAACUCAUGCUGCUGCAGCAACCUCCUCCUCGACAGAACCCACCCAGCAUUCUUCUUCGGAUGCCUCCCAACAUGCCUCCUAGUAUGUCACCUGUGGCCUUUCCUCAUGCUGUCUUCAUUCCUCAUCCUGUCACACAACCUCCUCCUCCCUCCAUCCGGCUCAUGAACACCUCCCCUCAGGCUCCACACAGACCUCCUCCUGUGGGGGUCCUCACCUCUCUGUUACCUGGACAUCCUGCUCCUCAUAGUGUCCCUCCUGUCUCUGUGGUCCCACUGCCCCUGAACGCCACGUCCACCUGCUCGCCGUCUUUCCGCAAAGAAUCCGUUUCUUUGACUCAGAACCUGAUGGUUGCUUUGCCUCGUUCCCUUGACCAUCAUGGUGCUGCUGGCCCCACCACCGGCCCCUCCAAGUCAGGUCCUACCCCCUCCAAGUCAGGUCCUACCCCCUCCAAGUCUGGUCCUACCCCCUCCAAGUCUGGUCCUACCCCCUCCAAGUCUGGUUCUGCCACCAGUCCAUCAAGCCUCAUCUCAAAGUCCCCCAAAGGGAGGGGUCAGAAGGAGGCAGAGGAUCAAGAGACUGUCAGUCAGAGUGUGGUGGUUAUGGGUGGGGCAUGUACAGGUGUGGGUGGGGCAAGUGACCAUGUGAUCAGAGAGACAGAAGAAGGAAAGAGGAUUCGGAGGCCGAGUCAGAAGGCUAAAGCUCUUGAGGAAGCCACGGAGGCCAAGGCCGGAGAAAAGAAGAAAGCUGCUUCAUCUCCCCAAAAGAAAACGCAGAUCCAGACCACCGUCCCUGUUCCUCCUCAGCAGGUCUGCUCUGCCCCCUUCCAGCUGGUACCUCAGACUCCUCCUUCCUCCAUGACCAUCCCCCCAACAGCUCCUACAGAACCUCCUCCUGCUCCUCUCAGACUGAAUGUCCCUCCCGUCUCUGUGAACACGUCCCUGUUUUCCCCGAAUGCCACACCUGCCUGCCUCAGUUUAGCCCCGCCCCCAUCCAUACGGACCAAUCAGCAGCUUGCAUCCUCCACUUCAAGCCUUCCUGCUCCUUUCUUCAACGAUCACAACUACACUUCUUUUGAUCUCCAGCUCAAUCAUCAGCUGACCUCUGACUCUGCCCCCAAAAAGCCUCCCAAAGCCCCGCCCAGCAGGAGGAAGCAGAGGAAGGGGGAGGAGCAGCCGAGCAUGUCUAGCAGUCAGGGGGACCAAUGUGUGGGUGGGACAGGUGGGACAGGUGGGACAGGUGGGACAGGUGAGGCGGCAGGUCCAGCUGUGACCCAGAAAGGAAAGAGGGUACGGAAUCCGACUCAGAGAGCCAGAGCUCUGCAGGAAGCCACUCAGGCGAAGGCUGAAGCCAAGAAGAAGAGACCUUCUUCUUCUUCUCCUUGUAAGAAGCGCUGUCGUGCGUCUGGUCCUGAACAGGAAGUUGUCGUUCAGAAUCCGAUGCCUCAGCUUCCUGGGUUCUGUUUACUUCCCGGUCAGUCCAUGUGGGUCAUGACUCCUGGUGGGCUGGUCCAGCUGGCACAAGCCCCGCCCCAAGGCCUGCAGCUGGCGUUGGUACCGAGCGACCCCCUCCCAGCUCGACCCGGGAAUGUUUUAAACAGUACUCGGGUGAGACCUCCUUUGCGACUCGCUGCCCGACCCCCCAGCGCCGAAAACCUCCCUGUUCUGAAGCAGCUACGCCCUCUUCCUGCCCCGCCCAUCUGCCCCGGCACCUCCCCACUGCCCUCCGGCCCCCUCCAGCUUACCCCCAAACUCUUCCUGCCAUACAAGGGCACGGUCAGGGUGGACCCGGCGGCCCCUCCCCUCAGGAGGGAGGCGUUACGGUUCGACCCCUCCCUGAUGUUCCUGGAGUCCCAGGAAGCGGUGUGUGAUUGGCUGAGCGGUCGGGGGGUGGUGGUACCUGGAACAGCCGCCGCUCUUCCCUACCUGCCUCCCUUCGUCAGCAGUCUGAACACGCUUAGUGCGCUGCUCCGGGCCAAGGCAGCUCUGACCAAAUCAUCCCUGAAGCUGCUGUGUCAGGGGUCCGAACCCCAACGCCCCCAAACCAAACCCAGACCAGAUAGAAGAGCCAAGACCACUUCCAGUCAGUCUCCAGACCUUCCAGACUCCACCUCUGAACAUGGACCACCUCAGGACGCACCAGCUCCCUCCGUCAGCCCUGACCUCCUGCAGGAGGAGCAGAAGGAGGAGAAGGAGGAGGAGGAGGAGGAGGAGGAGCUUGUGGUGGUAAUACGUCAGUUGGUGGCAGAGCGUUUCUCAGUUAACCCCGCCUACCAGCUGCUGAAGGCCCGCUUCCUGUCCUGCUUCACUGUCCCCGCCCUCCUGGCCACUGUGCAGCCAAUCAGAGAGAAGACCGUGACCCGCCCAGCCAAUGAGGAGGAGAAGGAAGAGGAGGAGGAGGAGCUGAAGAAGAUCAAAGAGAGAGGCAGACAGAGGAGAGCCGAGAGAUCUUUGCUGCUGUGUGACGGCUCAGGAGCUCCGGCCAAUCACUUCUCAGGAAUCAACAGCGACACACCUGGAGAGUCUCUGUCCAGCUGAACCACAGUCCAAACCUGUAGGUCACAUGUUCAGUUUCUAAAAUAUGACCCUCGUUUCACGUGUUGGCUGAGUUCAAAAAACGUUUACCAAAGGAAGACACUGUUGUGAGCUCUGUGCUGCGUUCAGGAACCACAGAAAAAGUGGGAUAAUUGCACUAAAAUAUGUUUCUUGUUUAUUUUUUAUUCAGCUUCUGUAAAGAAAAUGUUCUGUAAUUAUGAGCUGACCAUUUGUAAUAAAGAGAAAGUUUAUGUGAA